CACAGCCCCCGCCUCUCAGAGAGAUUCGUUUUCCCCUGUCGAUUUGCCGUAUAGCUGAGUACUUAUGUGAUGUUUGUCUUUUGUCCCCUGUGUGUCUUUUGUCCCCAAUACCGCUAAAAUCGAAAAAUCACAAUGCCCCAAUCCGAUGCGGACAUCGAGCCCUUGCGUUUCGCUCUGCGCUACCAACCACCGGCGCUGGUCGUUGAGUACCGAACCAAGACGACCGAUGCACUUCAUCACUACUGCAUCGAGAUCCCGAAAACAGCACUGCUCCGGGCCCAGAGCGGAGGGAGCGUUUCGGCGCUGGAGCGGUUUCUCCGGCGGAAAAACGACAAGUUCCUGAUUUCGAAGAACAAGGAUCAGGUUUGCGGUCUGUUGCAACGCCUGUGCGACAAAGUCCACUCGUCUUCGGAGGAAGAAGUUGAUGCAAAGGACGACGCACAGCCAAACAAUGACAAGACGAAGAACUACAGCGGGACCAAGUCCAAGAGUGAGGGAAAAACAGAAGACGCGGUCGAACCAUUUGAGCCGAACAAACCUGAAAUCGAUGCGGCAGAAGACACACAGGAGGAGCCUUCCAACGUUGAGGAAACUGCAGUGCAAAAGUUUAACUUCUCCGAGUCCACCACCCUCUCCGAGGAAGGUCGUUCUCCGUCUCCCGAAAUAACCACAGUGGCACCAGCAACUUUUUCAACAAGCAAGACCAAUGAAGUUUCAAGCGGCGACAGUGGGAAAAAGACAGAUGCGGAUGAAAGUAAAAAGGAAAAAAAUCAAUCAGACAGCACUGCUCUACCCGAAGAUAAUAAGCCCGAGUCGAAGGAGGUACUCGAUUCGCCAUCGCUUGAGGCUGUUGAUGUGUCCGCAACAACAGGAAAGAAGGCACUUGGCGGCGCGCCCAGCAUACUCCGGCCACCAGGGGCGGAGGAGCCAACCGAUGAAAAGACCGAGAAGAAGCCGAGCCCGGACGACAGCGACGAGAUUGAGGAAGACAUCGAAUAUGAUGAGGAUUUCGAUGAUGAGUUCGAAGCUUCGCCUGUCUUCCAGAAACAGACCACGAAACUUUCCGAUUUGCUUGUUGACGACGUGGAGGAAACGGUCGUGUCCGGCGGUUGGACCAGUAUCAGUGAAAAGGAUAAAGACGAGAAGAAAACGAAGUCAGGACUAGCGGAUUCAGCCGCCGCGAAGCUGUCGUUUUCUCCCAAGGAAAGAUCGGGCACCGACACUGCAGCAAUCUCGUCCACUAUUUCCAGCGGGACAACAACAGGGUUGACGAGGAAGAACAAAACUUCCCCAACGGAGGACAUUGCAAGCAGCACCGGUUUGGAGAAGGUUCCGUCUGCGGUCUACAGCAUUUACAACGUCCCCCCGAGUCUAGACGUGCCUUUGAACAUCGAAAAUGGGUUCCACGUCGCGCCCUGUGCGGACGCAGUGGCGGCCUGUUUGCAGGCUUUCGUCAUCUGUUGGCUGCUGCACACCGAAAAACGGGAUCCGACCGAGCUGGGAGCGUUGAGUGGUAAGACUUUCGCGGUUACUUAACAACUUCAGCAGUGUAAAUUAAUAAGUUUUAUUUCCCCAAUAGAUACUGUUCUUGACGAGUCUCAAUGACCUCGUACUUACGACAUGAAAAUGAAACAAAAAGACAUAAACCUUUCUGGAAAACAAACCUUCUACAGGCAGCGAGCAGGAAGAAGCAGAAGAACGGCUUCUGCAUGCUGCAACUCGGCUGUGCUUGCAGCAAGCAGACAAGGAGCCGAAGUUUUGCGUCAACUCGAUGUACUACAAGAAAUUUGAAAAAGAGGACAAAACCGCUCUCCCUCUCGACGACGAUUUCGGCACGGAGACCCUCGUUUUGUCCGCGAUCCUGACCGCCGGUGUUACCGAAGUGCAGGAGACGCUCGGUAGCAGUCACAGCCUCACGCUUCGCAGCGGGUACCCGGCGACAAGCCUGAUCAACCUGCUGUUGACCGGGUUUCCCUCGCCUUUUUGCUUCGAUGGAAACAAGACCAGAGACAGCACUUCUUCCGCGGGAAUCAUGAGCAAGGACCAGCUGCAAGCGAUCGCCGACGGCAGCAACAGCGCCAAAGAGCUGGUCGGCGUGCAAAAACGGUCUCUGGUCGGAUUUUUGUCCAAAGAAGUGAAGGAAUUAGGCGAUUAUCUGAAGAACCCGAUCUGCCCAACUUGGGUGCUGCAGCUGAAGUCGUACGCGAACGAUACGAAAGCGGGGUCGGCGAAUGGCUGCCAGUUUGCGGUGAUUUAUCGCACGGACGAAGUCAUUCUCAGCGCAUCCGACGACGAGGGGUCUGUCGCCAGUGAACAGGGCGUGGAUUUGCUGUUGCUUCUUCCGAAACGGAGCAACGACGGGGCCACGACAAGCACGGAGCAGCGGAAAAUUUUCGUCCGUCCGAACCAUCUGGUCACCGCCGCAAGUCCGCCGGAAGAGAGCUCAGCGACACUGGAGGAUCGUGUCAAUGAGGUGUUGCGGCUGAAGUGGGGCGACUUUGCCGGGAUCCAGUGGGAAGAGCCAUAGGGUGCUGGAGUGGUCUCUUCGUGUGGAUGUUGAGCCCUAAACGGAAAGAACGUCUUGCCAGCAUAAGCUACUCAACAUUGAGCAUCGCAAUUGAUUCUUCACAUAAGUAACUCCACUACGCAUCAUGAACAUACUCUUUGCAGCGAACGCAUAU